AUGUCGGAUGUUACCGAAAAUGGAAAAAAGUUUAAGAAUAUUCGGGAAACUUAUAAAAUAAGUACGUUCUUGUUGACGCUAGGUCUGAUGUACCCUAAUCCAGUUUACGACGAAAAAAGAAAGAAAAUGAUAAUUAUUGCAAUUCUAUCUGCUCUUCCUGCAUUUACUCUAGCAGGCAACGACAUCCGUCUCCGCAUCUUGAACAACGACAUGGCGAAUGUCGUUCGUCAGUCAAUCGUCCUAGUAUCUAUCACCUUUGUCAUCAUAAAAUUCAUUAUCUCGAUAGUACGUAAGGACGAAUUUAGAUCUCUCUUAGAAGAAAUGGACGCAGAUUAUGAAAGAUUCAAUGAAAUGUCUGAACAAUAUCAGGACUUGGUUGAGGAUACUAUCAGAAAGACUAGGAAGGUGGAAAAAUCUUGGUGUUUUGUGUUGCUGGUGACUACGGCGUCGUAUCCAGUGCUAGCUGGUGCAUGCACUAUAUACUCCCAGCUUUUUUCUGACGAUCCUAGACGCUACAUGGUCCACGAGUUAAAAGCUAUCAUUAUAUCAGAGGAACAAAAGUAUCAGAGCCCUUAUUUCGAACUAGCAGCUGAAAUCGCCAAUGUAGUGUACAGCUGUUCCUGGGAGAAGGUGCAAGACUCGAAGAUUAGAAGUUCCAUCUGCUUUAUAUUAGCUAAGUGUCAGACGCCAGUUCAGUUAAGAGCUCUUGACAUGCUCACCUUUAACAUGGAAUUGUUCGUCUCGGUAGGACCAGAUAUUAUCCAUUUUGUCUCCAGUAGAAUUUAA